CCAGUGUAAUCUUUACAGUGACUAUAGAUACGCCGUGUAAGUUUAUUUUCAUGAAAAUCAGGUAAAGCAACAACGAACUUCCUUCACUGUAGGUAUUGUCAUUGAUGAGCGACUGGUUGUCAAAUUCUGUUGCCUGCGACUGCUACGAUAAACUCACUUACAUAUUCUCAUUGUACCAUCAACCUGUCGAAGUACAGUUUUAUAAUGUCCUUACCGGUCCGAUUUCGACUUUUGCAAGAUGUUGAUAAUUAUUGUCCAGAUACUCUUGAUCUCAGCCUAGAUAGCGAAGCUAAAGCUUAUUGGUUCAAGUGUUUCAACCGGCUUGUAAUGAAGUUCGAACAACAGGCGGCCAAAAGCCAACAUGCAGAUCCUACUGCCGUGGAUCGUGCUGCCCAGUUUCGUACGUACUAUUUGGACCAACUGCAGCAGCUUCAACAAGAUAAAUCCGGUUUAACACCGAAGCCUCUAUCGAUCAGAGACUUGUUAGAAUUGAAUGAAACAUCGUUGAGGCGCUUUGGAUUUGAUGAUCCGUGGAAAGAGCAGAAACGUGUAGAAAAUAAAGCAUCCAUUAAGAAACUCAGUUCUAGGCUCCAAUACAUCGACCAAAUAGUAGAUACUAGAACCAAAUGGACUGAGAUUAUAAAGGGCGUGCUGGCAGGUAAUAUGUUUGACUGGGGAGCACAGGCUGUUGCUCAAAUACUGGAGAAUGAUGCUAAUUUUGGUCUUGAAGAAGCUCUUGACCAGAUUCAAAAACGACCGUGGCUGAUCGAUUGUUUAGAUCAAUGGUUGGACAGGACGCAGGAACCGGCGCACCAAUGUGCUACCAUUUUUACUGAUAAUUCUGGGAUAGAUAUUGUGCUAGGAAUUCUACCCCUAGUCAGACAACUUUUAAUUCAAAAAACAAAAGUUUUACUCUGUGCUAAUAUAAAGCCAGCUUUGAACGAUAUCACCUACGAUGAAUUGCAGGAUCUGAUUAAACAAUGCUGUACGAAAUGUGCUAUAAUCAAUGAGGCAUAUGAACAAGGCAGGUUACAAAUCUUUGGUAAUGAACAAAAUGGGCCCUGCCUUGACUUUCGCCUUUUAACAGCAGAACUUUGCGAUGAAAUACUGAAGAGUGAUUUGUUAAUCAUCGUCGGAAUGGCUAGAGCGCUGCACACGAAUCUGAACGCUAAAUUUACUUGCGAAACAUUGAAGCUUGCAGUUGUUAAAAACGAGUGGCUGGCUAAGCGUCUCGGAGGAGAGACAUUUUCGGUUAUUUGCAAAUACGAAAACAUAUGAUAUUUUAUGCUUUUUCGGUAUGUUGGAGAAUUUAAAUAGAUCAAUGCACCACGAAACAAUAUAUUAGAAAUUAAUCAA